AUGUCUUCCAAUAUUAAUAAAGAUAAAGAUUCGUUUAAAAGUGCCAUAGAAAAUCGAUUUAAUACAUUUGAUUAUAAUACUUUUGAAAACGAUAAAGGUAUUGGAAAGGGAGGAUUCGGUGAAGUAAAGAAGGCUUAUUCGAAUACUUUAAAAAAAUAUGUCGCAUUAAAAUGUUUGCGCGAUCCCAACGAUAACGAUAACGACAACGAAAUUUUUAAACAAUUUAUGAAUGAGUCACGAAAUAUCAAUGCAGUCAACCACCACGAUAACAUUAUCGAUUUUUACGGAGUCAGCAUAGAUAUUUCAACAGAAAAAUAUUAUCUAGUAUUACAAUACGCUGAAGAUGGUAAUUUACGAACUUAUCUACGAAAUAAUUUUGAAAAACUCGAUUGGAAUGAAAAAAUCAAUAUGGCUAAAGAUAUUGCGAGAGAUUACAUUAAUAUCUAUUCAAAUGCAUGGAACGACAAACCAAAUUUACGAUCUACUAUAGAAAAUAUUUAUGAUUCUCUUGAAACUAUUCGAUUAGAAUAUGUUUAUACAGAAAUGUUCAGUAACGAUACCUUAUCAAAUGCAUCAAAUGAUCAAGCAUCUUCAUUAAACAAAUGGAAAAGCGAAGGUUUUUUUAAUAAUGUGGCACCUACGAUUUCGCAAGACGAUGCUGUUCAUGAAAAAGAUGCUAGUAUUUCAGGAUCGGUAAAAAGUGCUUUAGGUGGUGGUCUUGGAGUUGUUGGAGACUCUGUUCAACCUUAUCUACCUUUAUUUACUACUGUAACCAUUAUUAUUAAAGAAACAAUGUCAAUUUAUGAAAAUGCUAAAUAUAAUAAAAAAGUUUGUAAUUCUCUUAUGGAUCAAUAUUUUAUGGCUUUCCAUCGUUUUAUUGAAGUCAUGAAAAACAUAAAACAGUUUAUAACCAAUAUAUCCACACUUUCUGGAUUUCAAAAAUAUUUUCACGCCAAUUCAGUCAAAGAAAAGUUUGAAUCGCUUACCAGUGAGUUUGAAACCGUUAUGAAUGAUUUACAUUUUACAACGACUUUACGUAAUGAUGAACAAAGAAGAAUUGAUCAAGAAAGUCUUAGUUCAGAUCUCGAAGAAAUAGGAAAGUUUUUGAGUACUAUCGGUGAGAAUGUUGUUGAUUCCAACCAAUAUGUUAACACAGUUCUUGCAGAAAUUGUGAUUAUCAAAAAUAAAUUGGUGAGUACCAAACCUAAUACUACUCCAAUAACGGCAAAUGAGAUAGAUCCAAAAGAGUUAAAAAAUCCCUAUGUUGGGAGGUCCGACGAUCGACGUGGAAACACUGUUAUAAGAAAAAUGUUAAAUACCGGGGAAGAUGUUGCAUGCAAAAUUAAAAUCAUUGAUGCUGAAGGUCAAAAAAUUAAAGCGCAUCUUGCCAUAUUAGGGAAACUAAAAGAAUCAAAUAAUAUUCUUAAAUUCUAUGGUCUUUCAAAAGUUGAAGAUCAAAAUGUUAUGGUUUUUGAAUGGGCAGAUUUUGGUUCACUUCAAGAAGUUUAUAUGAAAUAUGAUAUUGGUUGGCGUUCAAAAGUUCAAAUGGCUCUUGAUAUAUGUCGUGGUCUAGUUUUUUUACAAACAUGUGAAAUUCUUCAUCACGAUAUUAGAUGCGCAAAUAUCAUGAUGACUAAACAACUUGUACCAAAAUUAUCAAAUUUCAAAUACGCUCGUCAUACCAACCAGGCAACUACUGAUAUAAAAGAGAUAACAGAUAUUUUACGUUGGAUGGCUCCUGAAAAAAUGCUAGAUCCUAAAAAAGUGAGAUAUACUUUCAAAUGUGAAAUAUUUAGUUUUGGAAUGCUACUUUGGGAAUUAUUAUUUCAAAAAAUUCCGUAUGAGGAUAAAGACAUGAACCAAAUAAAAGAUCACGUUUUAAAAGGUGGUCGGGAAAAGAUUACUAUGUGUUCCUAUUCACUAAAAGAAACUCAAGAAAUUCAAAAGAAGUUUUUGAAGAUUAUAAUUGAUGCUUGGCAACAAGAUAUUGAUAUUCGAGCAUCACUAAUGGAAAUUUUCUUAAAACUUCAAAAAUUGGCCGCGAAAUAUCCAAUGGGCAUUUCACCAACAUUAAAUCUUCUUGGUGUAUCUCAAAUGAUAAAAUCAAUGUCUAUCGUAAAAUCAUCAACGAACCCUCCAGAUUCAUCGCAAAACUUUAUUUUACCUACAAUAGUACCUCUUGAAGAAGGUAUUGAAGCUCAUAAGAAUAAAGAUCAUCAAAAAGCAUGGUUAUGUUUCAAGGAACAUGUUAAAUUUAAGAAUUCAACUGCUAUGUAUUGGAUGGGAUAUUAUUUGUCAGAAGGACUCCCAGACGGGAAAAAAGAUCCUGUUCAAGCAAACCUACUUUUCAAAGAAGCAGCUGAUGAUGGAAUUGCAGAUGCUCAAUUACAUUAUGCAUUUUCUUUAUUUAACACACCAGGAAUUGAAUUUGAUCCUAAAGUUUUUGUUUCAUACCUUACAAAGGCAGCAAAUGGUGGUAAUAUUGCAGCCCAAUAUAAUUUAGGUGAUAUGUGGUUUAAUGGAAAGAUAUUAGGUAUAAAGGAUAUCGAAUCAGGAAAAAAAUAUUUAAAAUUAGCUGCUCUGAGUAAUGAUCCUCGAUCCAUUAAGAUCCUUAAAGAUAAUGGAAUUGAUUUUUAA